GGCGCUGGUGUCGGGGUCUGUGCCGUCCGGGCUGUGGCCUGUCAAGUGAUUGCACAGGUCAGGUGCGAGCCGGGAUUGCCGGCAAGGCGAGCCUCCUUGCAGCGCCUCUCACCUCCUACGUAGCUCCACUGGCAGUGUCGGCUGGAAAUGCAAAUAGUUGGUCCUUCUUGACGUCACAGCACGUGGCGCAUGCGCUUGCUUUGCACAAGUAGUGUUGUGGUUUUCCAUCUCAGGACAGGAGUAAUGAUGCUCCAUUUGGUGCCCAGAUGGUCUGCAAGGCUCUUCUGGGCGUCUCCAGGAUGGAGGAGGACCUACACCCAGGGAGCUUCUUCGAGGUUGAAGGGGCUGGGUUGCCCUCGGGGUCUGUCCAGCCCCUUGGCUUGCAGAGCAUACUCCGCAGUCGCUGGCAGCCCCGAGGUGAUGCUGACCCCUGAGCGAUACCCGGUGGAACGGCUGCCGUUUUCUACCGUGUCUGAGGAGGACCUGGCUGCAUUUGAAUGCAUCAUCCCUGGCAGAGUGAUCACAGAUCCCGAGCAACUGCAGACUUGCAAUGUGGACUGGCUGAAGACUGUCCGGGGCUGUAGUAAGGUGUUGCUGAGACCCCAGACCUCAGAGGAAGUCUCCCAGAUUCUUAGGCACUGCUAUAAGAGGAACUUGGCUGUGAACCCGCAGGGCGGGAACACGGGAAUGGUGGGCGGAAGUGUCCCUGUCUUUGACGAAGUCAUCCUGUCCACUGCCCUCAUGAAUCAGGUCAUCAGCUUUCAGGAUGUAUCUGGAAUCCUGGUUUGCCAGGCGGGCUGUGUGCUGGAGGAGCUGAGCAGGUACUUGCAGGAGAGGGACUUCAUCAUGCCACUGGACUUGGGAGCGAAGGGCAGCUGCCACAUCGGGGGCAAUGUGGCGACAAAUGCCGGUGGCCUGCGAUUCCUGCGAUACGGCUCUCUUCGAGGGACUGUCCUGGGCCUGGAAGUGGUACUCGCUGACGGGACCAUCCUGAACUGCCUGACCUCUCUGAGGAAGGACAACACAGGCUAUGACCUGAAGCAGAUGUUCAUUGGCUCAGAGGGCACCCUGGGAGUCAUCACGGCUGUGUCCAUCGUGUGCCCACCCAGGCCCAAGGCUGUAAAUGUGGCUUUCCUUGGCUGCCCUGGGUUUACUGAGGUUCUGCAGACAUUCCGCACCUGCAAGGGAAUGCUGGGCGAAAUCCUGUCUGCGUUUGAGUUUAUGGAUGCCGAAUGCAUGCAGUUGGUUGGACAGCACGUUCGCCUGACCAACCCAGUACGAGAGAGUCCGUUCUAUGUCCUGGUUGAGACCUCAGGCUCCAGUGCAGGACAUGAUGCCGAGAAGCUGACCAGUGUCCUGGAGCAGGUGCUGAACUCUGGCCUGGUGACAGAUGGCACUAUGGCCACUGACCAGAGGAAAGUCCAGAUGCUGUGGGCCUUGAGGGAGAGGAUCACAGAGGCGCUCAGUCGUGACGGCUACGUGUUCAAGUAUGACUUAUCCCUCCCUGUGGAGCGGCUCUACGACCUCGUGACGGACCUCCGCACCCGCCUUGGCUCUCGUGCCAAGCACGUGGUGGGAUAUGGGCACUUGGGGGAUGGCAACCUUCACCUGAACGUGACAGCAGAGGCCUUUAGCCAGGAGUUGCUUGGUGCUUUGGAGCCUUAUGUGUAUGCCUGGACGGCAGAGCAGCAGGGCAGUGUCAGUGCUGAGCACGGCCUGGGCUUCAAGAAGAAGAAUGUACUCGGCUAUAGCAAGCCACCUGUGGCUGUGAAGCUUAUGCAACAGCUCAAGGCCAUGCUGGACCCCAAAGGCAUCCUGAACCCCUAUAAGACUCUACCUGCUCAGGCCUAACUGGAGCUUUUUCAGCUUGAUGCUAGGACCUUGGGCAUGCAGGGUUGGUGGGCCUGGAGGCCUCCCUCCCUGCUGAUGGCGACCGCAGCAGACCAGGUCACUGACGUGCACUGGCUAGCCAGCUCUGAGCACCCUCUGGGCAAGGCUGCCUUUCUGUGGGGGGUGAACCGAGCAGAUAGAGCUGCCUGGUCUCCUACCAGCUCAUUGAGGACAGAGUAAGUGGGCGGGCAAUUGCCCCGUUCCCAAACAGGCCAGAUCUCCCUGGCGCUGUGGUGGCCCGUGGAGACCUGCUUUGUUGCAUCUCUGUAGUGUGUAAUUGUAAAAACACGCUACUUGCCUGGUGCUGCAUGCGGCCACCACCCCGCUCACUCAGCUCCUCCUACAGCCAGCUGGCCAUUUCUCCCAGGAGCUCCCCCGCCCCUCACAGCUGGCUUUACCUAGCGGCUGCAAACCACCACCCCAGCAGACAGAAAUCACUAGACAGUUUUAUUAUUUUAAAACCAGACAGAUAACUUAAUGGCCAGGUGGAGAAUUUCCUGCCCUAAUCUUAUCAAUUCUGAUAAGAAUUCUGAUAAGAAUU